UAACAAUCCUAACCUCGUCGUCUCAUAUGCUUCCUCAACUUCAACGUUGCAUGGCAUGGUUCCGGAUCUGCACAUAUAGCAACCGUUGACUCCCACCCCUCCUCCUCCUCCUCGUCGUCGUUCGUCGUGAAAGGGUGGUCUGUUCUUUCAGUCGUCUCAUUCUCUUCUUGACUUUGGGGAUUCGUCUGCGAAUAACCUCCCAUCGCGCCCACUGAACUUCAAGUUGUAAACCAAUAACAACAAUAACAACAAUAACAAUAACAGCACUACCCCCAUCAUGACCAUCCUCGUCGGCAGGCCCCUCAACUGGGCCAUCACGGCCACCGCCGGCUCCGGCUUCCUCCUUUUCGGCUACGACCAGGGCGUCAUGUCCGGCCUGCUCACCGGCUACGCCUUCACCCGCACGUUCCCCGAGAUCGACACCACCAACGGCGGCGGCGGCAGCUCCUCGCUGCAGGGCACCGUCGUCGCCAUCUACGAGAUCGGCUGCUUCUUCGGCGCCAUCUUCUGCCUUCUCGUCGGCGAGCGCCUCGGCCGCCGCCGCUGCAUCAUGAUCGGCUGCGUCGUCCUCAGCAUCGGCGCCGCCCUGCAGGCCGCCGCCUUUGGUAUCCCGCAGAUGAUUGUGGGCCGCAUUGUCGCUGGUCUCGGGAACGGAAUGAACACGAGCACCAUCCCCGUGUGGCAUUCGGAGCUGAUGAAGGCGGACAACCGAGGCCGUGGUCUCGCCAUCGAACUGGCCAUCAACAUCUUUGGCGUUGCCCUGAGUUACUGGGUUGACUACGGUAUGAGCUUCAUCGCCAACGACGCCCAGUUCCGCUUCCCUCUUGCCCUGCAGAUCUUCUUCGCCGUCGUCACCUUCCUCGGCGUCCUCGUCCUCCCCGAGUCGCCCCGGUGGCUCAUCGCCCACGACCGCCACGACGAGGCCCGCCACGUCCUCUGGGCCGUCGAGCGCGACGCCCGCUCCAUCAGCGAGACCGAGCCCAAGCUGGAGCGCAACCUGGCCGAGAUCCAGACCGCCAUCCGCGAGGAGCGCGAGGCCGCCAACGCCGGCAGCUUCCGCAUGAUGUUCAAGAACGGCGACCAAAAGUUCUUUUACCGCACCAUGCUGGGUAUCGGAGGCCAGUUCAUGCAGCAGCUAAGCGGUAUCAACUUGAUCACAUACUACGCCCCCGUCAUCUUUCAAGAGUCCGUCGGCAUGACGCACAGCCUCUCCCUGCUCCUCGCCGGCUUCAACGGCAUCGCCUAUUUCUUCUCCUCCCUCAUCCCCAUCUGGAUCAUCGACCGCCUCGGCCGCCGCAAGCUCAUGCUCUUCGCCGCCGCCGGCCAGUGCGCCUGCAUGGCCGUCCUCGCCGGCACCGUCUCCAACGGCAGCGUGCCCGCCGGCAUCGUCGCCAUCGUCAUGCUCUUCCUCUUCAACUUCUUCUUCGCCGUCGGCCUGCUCGCCAUCCCCUGGCUGCUGCCGGCCGAGUACGCGCCCCUGGCCAUCCGCACCCGCGCCGCCGCGCUCGCCACGGCCUCCAACUGGAUCUUCACCUUCCUCGUCGUCGAGAUCACCCCCGUCAGCAUCAGGAACAUUGGCUGGCGCACCUACGUCUACUUCUGCGUCUUCAACGCCUUCUUCGUGCCCCUCAUCUACUUCUUCUACCCGGAGACCCAGAACCUCAGCCUCGAACAGAUCGACCGCCUCUUCACGGGCGGCAAGGUGCAGCUGUAUUGGAAGGCGAGCAUGGGCACCCCGGGCGAGGGGGGGACGGGUGUCGUCGACGAGAAGGACUCGGAGUCGGGCUCGGGAAAAGUCCUCCGUGUUGAGAACAAGGAAGACUCCCCUAAUUGAGAUGGACGUGACAUGUGUCGAAUGAGUUGGGGAAAUGUCCUGUUGAGAAGGGGUUUCUCUAAUAUGGUCGGAGAGAUAUGUAUUUGGCAGGAGGGAGAGAGAUAGAUGCACUGCGAGGAGAAGUCAUGAUAUCCAACGGUCAAAGUACCGUUACAAAAGUCAAAAAGGAUGGGGGAG